AUGGCAUUUACUACUCUCUUGCUUGAUGCUGGAAUGAAUGAAGUUUACUCUCUCAACAAUGAUGAAAUUGAAUCUCUCACCUUGGAUGAGCUACAUAUUGAUAUAAACUUGAUUGAGGUUUCGGCUCAAGGUGUUGAGGAGGGGCACAUUAUCUUUAUAGUAGCUAGAGCUCAUAGGACUGUAAUUCAGGAUGUUCUAAUCUACAUGGAUUUCAAUGGAAAUCAAUUUUUGCAUCAAGUUAACAAAGAGACUCCUAAUAUGGUAUUCCCUCUUUGCAAAUGCAUAGAGGAUGUUAGUAGAAAGGUUCAGGCAGUGCUUGAUAAGUUUGCUAAGCGCAAACUUUAA